AUGGAUUCCCAGCGGGCAAAAGCCCGCGCCUUAGAAGCCGAGAUCACUGCCUUGAGGCGGGCGUGCAUAGAGACACAGGCGCCCGAGGACGACGACUCUCAAGUUCGGAAAUCAUUUCAAGAAACAUACCAAUCCAAUUCUGAAGAAUGGAGAUCGUCAAAAGAUCUGAGAAGUCAUCUUGAAAGUUUAGAAUCGGAACUUCAAUUUCUAAGUAGACUUACUGGUAUCAGUAUAAGAAAUUACUGCAAGAAGACAGAAGACUUAACUAGCACUGAAAUGGCAGAAAAGAGUAUUAAAAAAGUUUUGCAAAGACACAGAUUAUCAGGAAAUUGCCACAUGAUUACGUUUCAGCUUGAAUUUCAGAUUCUGGAAAUCCAGGAUAAGGAGAGUUUAUCUUCUGUUAUUACUGACCUCAGCAUAAUAAUGGAACCCAAUGAAUAUUCAGAAUUAAGUGAAUUUGUGUCUAGAGCAGAAGAAAAAAGAGAUCUGCUUAUGUUUUUCCGAAGUUUACGCUGCUUUGUGGAGUGGUGUGACUAUCGUAAGCACACAUUUAAACAUUUCAAGAAUGAAUCUUGCCGGUAUUUGUACUAUGCUGUGGUUCCUUGA